AAUAUAAAAUCUCUUAACAGGUGCGAUUCGCAAGUCGGAAGAAUCGGUGGCAAACAGGAAAUAAAUUUAGGUGGCCGCUGUUGGUUUUUAGGAACAGUUAUUCACGAAUUGGGACAUGCCCUUGGAUUCUACCACGAACAUAACAGAUCAGACAGAGAUGAUUAUUUGAUCGUUUACAAAGAAAACGUACGAGAAGGUGAUGAACACAAUUUCAUGAAGAUUGCUCCACACCAAAAUAUCUUGUACAACGCCUACGACUAUGACUCAAUUAUGCACUAUGGUAACGUAUCCAUGUCCAAAAAUUCAAAGCAAACCAUGGAAGCCAUAAAUGGACAUCCAUUGAAAGAACCUUUCGAGAAACCAGGAAUGACUGAAAGUGAUAUCGAAAGAGUCAAGAAAAUGUACAACUGUGCUUAGUUUGUAUCGAAACAAUAUUACGAUUGUUAACACGAUAUGAUUAAUAACUAAAUGAACUAAUAAACUUAAUAUGACUAAUGAAAUAAAUUUAUCUUUGAAAUUUA